UGGAGAGGCAAAUUCUCAGCAGGAGGUUGAACUGGAAGGAACCGGUUUGAAGCCCUGGGAAUAACAAAACCUAGUGGUAAAGAUAAUUUGUAGUUAGCUUUAUCAAAUCUGCAUUAACUCUGGCUUUUAUUUGGUACAGGUGAAUUUAACAGAUUAAGAAGACUAAUAUUGUUUGAUUAUUGAUUACUUGAAUCCAAAGUUAACUCAAAUAUUUAAAUAGACUUUUGGAGUUUCUAUUUCUUGCCUUAGAGCACAUAUUUUCUUAUAAAUGCUAGUAUUUUAGUUUUAAGGCUAAUGGAAUAGUUGAAGUAUUUUGAGUGACAGUUGAGUAUUUGUGAGAAGUAACUGUCUUCUCAUUGGUCUUCUUUAAACAAAAUUUAAGGACAAAAUAACAGAACAUUACAUUCAAGACAACUUUAAGAUAAAUAAUCUUACCCACUCUAUAGUCAUGAGGAGAUGUAUGAUUUGAUAUAGUCCGUGUUCUUUGGGAAAACUUCUGUACGGUUUACAGAUUGUUGUUGUUGUUAGUUGCCAUCAAGUUGAUUCUAACUCAUGGUGACCCCAUGUUUCCAGAGUAGAACGGCUCCAUAGAGUUUUAAAGGCUGUGACCUUUUGGAAACAGAUCACCAGGCUUGUCUUCUGAAGCACCUGUGGGUGGGUUUGAACCACCAAACUUUCAGCUAGUAAUCAAGUGUUUAACUGUUGCACCACUCAGGGACUCCCCAAUUUACAGGUAUCACUUGUCAAUUGAAAUUUAUGUAUCUUAAUAGUGACACCUCUGGAUGUUGUUAAAAUCCGACUCCAAGCCCAAGGCAACCUCCUCCCCAAAGAAACAUUUUUUCAUCACUUAGUUGCACAUGAUGUCUAGGUGGAGAACAAAUAUAUCACAUAUAAUACUCCUAUGAACCUACCAAUAAAGGACAUAUAAACAGUAGGCUGAAAAUUAAAGAAAGGGACCAUUAUAUAUUUGGCCAUAAGCCACAGGUAAGGACAGAAUUAUACUUGCAAGGAAUCUUAGAAUCUAGCUUCAUCCUUAGUCCAAAAGCCAUACCCAUCUUGGAACAUUCAUGAAAGCCAUCCAACAGUUGCUUGAAUACAGUGAGGAUUGGAAAUUCAUUACAUUAUCAGGCAAUUUGAUUAAUUAUUUGACAGUUGACAUGGAAUUUGAGAAGAAAAUUUUUAUAUUUUUAUUCGAUGGGCAGAAAUAGCAGUUCCUUGAUCAAUCUUUUAAGCUUUAUGAAGAUAAUGGUAUUUUAAAACUUGUUUAAAUCGCAGAAGACAGACUGGACUAUAAGAAAGUUGGCUCAUAUAUAAAUGCCAUUAUGUCUCACAGCAGUGAGAUGGAAUGAACCACAGGUGUAUUUCAGAGAAAGGAGGAAAGGAUAGAUGGAUUAUAGGAAGUUAACAAAAAAGUAAAUUAGUUUCUUACACAUUAAAGAAACUUAAAAGCAGAAAAAGGCUCUUAGAUGUAUAUAUUAUGAAACUAACAGAAUUAUGUAUAUUCUAACAGAAGAUAAUUUCAGGAGCAAGAAUGAGUUCAGAAAUGGAAAUGAGUUGGUAUUAAAGAAGUUGUAAUGAGGUGGAAGCUGACAGAUGGCUAGACUGAGUGGUACAAAUACAGAGAAAGGAACAAAGCAUACCAUUAUUUAUAUUGAUUCAGAAGAGCUUUUUUUUCAUAAUCUAUUUUUGUUGGAAUUUCCCCUGUGCAUCACAGAAUUUUCUUCUGGUCAAAUAGAGAAGCGUGCACUGAUAUUCUCUUUAAACAGGGUUUUCCUCCUUUAUCUUCCCUCUCUAUUCCUUUGGAUAACCGAAGGAUUUAUUUCUGUUUACAUUUGUUUAAUACAGGUCUGAAAGUGUGAAACCCACUAACUACUAAAUUACUAUCCACAACUGUGAGUUUAGAGCCUGGUGCCGUAUUAUUAAGCAAAUCAAAUUAAUUAUGUAUGUUUCAUCCUAAAAGACAGAUAUAGUUAUUUCUGUUUUCAUAACUUUGUAGUAUCCUCAUUGUACUUUCAGUUUGUUCAUGUGUGAAAGACAAUUGAGUGAAGUAGUUGUUGACUGUUGAAAUCUUUUUUGUUAGGACAAUGCUUUGUAUAUAGUAAUGGACUUAUGGAUCAUCUAUGUGUCUGUGAAGAGGGAAGCAACAAAGUAUGGUAUAAGAAGCCAGGAUGUUUCCAAGGAACGUUGGAUGCUUUUUUGAAAAUCAUUCGAAAUGAGGGCAUUAAAUCCCUGUGGAGUGGCCUUCCCCCUACCCUAGUGAUGGCAGUUCCUGCCACAGUUAUUUAUUUUACCUGCUAUGAUCAAUUAACUGCUAUUCUGAGAUCUAAAUUAGGAGGAAAUGAAACCUACAUACCAAUUGUUGCUGGAAUUGUGGCCAGAUUUGGUGCAGUAACUGUGAUAAGUCCACUAGAAUUGAUUAGAACCAAGAUGCAGUCUAAGAAGUUUUCUUACCAGGAACUGCAUCGAUUUGUCAGCAAGAAAGUGUCUGAAGAUGGUUGGAUUUCCCUUUGGAGAGGCUGGGCUCCUACUGUUCUUAGAGAUGUACCUUUCUCAGCAAUGUACUGGUAUAACUAUGAAGUUUUAAGGAAGUGGUUGUGUGAGAAAUCUGAUUUAUAUGAACCAACAUUUAUGAUCAACUUCACUUCGGGGGCAUUGUCUGGUUCUUUUGCAGCUGUUGCAACUUUACCAUUUGAUGUGGUAAAAACACAAAAGCAGACGCAACUUUGGAUGUAUGAAAGUCACAAAAUGCCUGUGCCUUCAAAUAUGUCAACCUGGGCUAUAAUGAAGAACAUUGUUGGUGAAAAUGGACUUUCUGGAUUAUUUACAGGCCUAAUUCCUCGUUUAAUUAAAAUUGCUCCUGCUUGUGCCAUUAUGAUCAGUACAUAUGAAUUUGGGAAGGCUUUUUUCCAGAAACAAAAUGUUCGAAGCCAGCAAUGAUUGCUAGUAAUGUUGUUUCAACUUGAAAUAAUAACCAUAGCCAAAUAAUAAAAUGGAGACUGUUAGGCAAGAACUUUUCCCACUGUUAUUUAUCUUAAAAUGAUUGGAUGUUUUUCCUUCAUGUAAUUUAAAUGAGUAGUUAUUAUUCCCUCUCAAACAUAAUCCUAAAUUUAAAAUUAACUUUGUUAUCCUGAUUUUUGAGAUACUGAAAAAGAUAUUCCAGAAAUCACAACUGUUGAGUGUUCUUAUAGUAAAAGAAAAACUACUUUAGUACUGAAGGCAAUAAUCUCUGCAAGUUUGAUUCAUCUAAGUUUUAGUGUAACAAUCUUGUUGGAGUGCAUUAGCUACAUCACAGCUUUUUGAAUUGUGUGCUGAAUGUUGUACAGAGUCUAGAAGAAAAACAUUCCGAGUCUUUUUUGCAAAUGUAAAUCAUAUAUAUUGAGAUAUUUAAGUAUUUCAUUUCAGUAAAGCAGAUACUAGAAGGUAGUCAUUAAGUACCAUUAUUCACAUUUACCAAACAUUACCUAUUAGUUCAUUCUUUAGCCCAAAUGCAAGGAGCCCUGGUGGCACAAUGGUUAAGUGCUUGGCAACUAACUGAAAUGUUGGAGGUUCGAACCCCACCAGAGGGUCUGCUGGAGAAAAUACUUGGUGAUCUGCUUCCAUAAAGAUUAUAGUCUAGGAAACCCUAUGGGGCAGUUCUAGUCUGUUCUAAAGGGUCGCUAUGAUCAGAAUCGACUAAUCCGAAUGCAUUAGUUUUUUUUACCCCAUAUUACUGUUUUAAGGCCUUACAUGUAUUAGGAUUUCUCUAAUCAAAGGUGUGGCUAUUUUAUAGUUAACUACUGUUUCUAUGAGAGAGGGAGUUUUUUUACUGAUUGGAGUAAAUGUUAACUUCAGUCAAACUUAGGUGUGCAGUGGAAAACCACACUGCAUUUAGACUAGUAAAAAUAAAGUUUGGGUACGGGAUGGGCCUCUGGUUUUUAACCAUUUUGUAAUUCCAGUAUCAUUGUUCAUGGAGUUCUCGAUCAUUUCUAAUGGCUUGUUGUAACAUUAUAGAGAUUACUACUGCCUUGGUCACAAAAUAUUUCAAAAUGUCCUCUAAUUUCAUGCCAUCUCACAUUAGUAUGCUAGACCAAGAGACUAAACAGGAAGCAGUUUCCUUGAAGAAAUUGGUUUCUGUCCCUCACUGUAGGCUAAUGCCCAAGUGAUUUAGCUUUUGAAUAUAUGUAGGAAUGAAAUAAAAAAGAAUAUGAUGGCAGGGUAAGAAAUGAUAUUUUUUUACAUUGUUUGAUUUUCUCAGGAUGGUCUAUAUCCUAUAAGAAAAAACACUUUAUUGCAAUCUAUGUGUACUUUAUGACAAUAUGAAGCAUUUUCUUUUCUAAAAUGGAGUAAUAUAUUUAGGUGACAAAUCUUCUCUGGUUUCAGUAGGGCAAUUAAUACAUUUUGUGUUAAAGUAGGAGUUUAUGUGUUUCACCAGAAACAAACUAUAUAGGGUUUGUAUGUAGUUGUAUUUAUUUUAUCCUGUGUUGAUUUACCUUAAAUUUGCAAAAUACACAUUCAUAUAAAUAUAUAUUAACUUACAUUUUUAUUAGAAUAUUUUAUGCCUUCUUCAAAUUAUCAUUGUGCAUUUAGUCAAAUAUUUUCAAAUAAAAAUAAUGCUAUACUGUAUAUAUAUGGAGGUUUAUCUCAAACAUUGCUGGUUAACAGUAUUAAAUUUAAAUUACUGUGGUUUUGCUGUGCUUCUUUUUGAUAAUUGAUAGGUAGAAAAACUUAGAACUAUGUUCUCAAAAAGCAGCCACAGAUUUCAACUUAAAUAUCACUUAUAAAUAUCAGAAGGAAAGUUUCCAUUUUCCCUACCCAUCCUGCACUUGAGGAAAAUUCUUCUCAUUUAUGACUAAAAUAAGUUAAAUAAAUCUAAUUGCCUGGUAAUGUUUCUAACAUGUUACAUACAAUGUAUCUGGAUGAAAAGAAGGCUCAAUUCAAGUCUUCUGUACAUUUAAGAGGUAAAGAAGCACUAAUAUAUUUUUUUAAAUAAAAAAAAAAUUAGCAAC